UGAGAUCGACAUUUAAUAUUUAGUUACUUUCAUAAUCAAACCUUAUUUUUCAAUUAAAAAAGAGACCCGUUCUCUUUAUUAAAAAAUCUUAAAAUUUAAAAACCACUUCGAAAAUGAAGGCUAUUAUUUUCUUAUUGGUGCUGGUGUCAGUGGCACUCGCUCAAGAUAAGUACGCAACUAAAUACGACAAUAUAGACGUGGAUAAAAUUCUUCAAAAUACAAGAGUUCUGACCAAUUACAUCAAGUGCAUGUUGGAAGAGGGCUCUUGCACCGCAGACGCUCGUGAACUCAAAAAAACUCUACCUGAUGCUUUGGUGACUGGUUGCCAGAAAUGCAACGAAAAACAAAAAGCUACUGCUGAAAAAGUUAUCACCCACCUCAGAACUCGGAGACCAAUGGACUGGGCGCGUUUAGUUGAAAAAUAUGAUCCUGAGGGUCAGUUUAAAAAACGUUUCGAAGCAGGGCAAAAAGUUUAAAAAUUACAAAGCGAAGAUCAAAUGAAAAAUCAUUAAAAUUAAGUUAAAAGAUUGAUUAACAUUUUCUCUGAAAUAAAUGUUAAAAAAAAAAGAAUUGUUUGAGCUUCAAGAAGCUAAAUUUUGAUCAUGUAAUUUAGAUAUUAAAUCCAUAAUCGUUACAUUUUAACGAACUUUUUACUAGUCGACCCGUUUUUUAAAGAAAAAGAGUUAAGUGUAUGGCACGGAAUGCUAAUCUUUAUUUUAAAAGUUCAAACCUUUAAUUGGAAACCUGUUUCGCUUUUCUUUCUCCAAUUGCGUCAACGUGAAAUUGUCAUAUAUAAUAUAUAAGUGCAAAAGUAAUUAAAUCGUCGAUUUUACAGAACUAUGUACUUGACUGAGACUUUGUUUAUUCCACGCGUCUCUUCUUCACCAAGGAUCCCAGCUGGAAAAACAAAAAAAUUAUAAAUAUCACUGUAUCUGUAAUAAAAAGAAAAUUAUUCAAACAUUCCAAACAUA